AUGUUGACGAGAAAAAUUCUGUAUAUUUUGGUUCAUUCCUCAGUAGGAUUACUUCUUAGCCUUGUACAUAUUCUUCAUAUUUCUCGACUUUUUGAAAAUUCAACAAAAUUCUCUCAUUUAAGUAAUUUAGAAAGAGAACUAAGUUUAGCGCCGCAUGAAGCUUUCUACUAUCAAUUUUAUAAGCGUCUAAUCAACUCUGAUUCAUUUGAGGAAGGGAUUAAUAAUUUAAUAGCCGAUAAUAUAACGGAAUAUAAUGAAGGAUUAACAAUUAAUUCAAUAAGACGGUUCCAUAUAUUUCCGGAAAUAAUAAUGGCUUUCUUGUAUAGGAACUUUUUAUCAUUAUCAAAUUCACUAAACAUUCCAACAGUUAAUUGUUAUUAUUUGGAACCAGACGAAAAUUCCAAAGUUGAUGAUCCUAAAGUUUUUGUCAAUUGCGAAGGACUUGGAGAACCUAUAUACUUCUAUUUAGCGAUAAUAUGGAGCUUGUCAGCAAUAACAAUCUUCCUGAUGUACAUGUACGGUUAUUUCUUGCAUAGAAACUUCAUCGCUGGAUGUUCAGCAAUCGUAUAUUUCUUCUGUACACAUGAAAAUGCUACAAACAUUCAUAGAACUCCAAUGCUGCGUCAUAAUUUUGCAAUUCCAUUCAUCAUUUGGCAGACAUUCUAUUUAAAUCUUUACAUUGAUCGUCACAUUUUUGGAAUUGAUAAUACACGAAAGGAAGGAAGUCAUCAUCGCAAUUACGCAAUGAUAAUUAGCAUCAUUAUCUUUAGUACAAUAUCUAACAUAUUUUGGGAUAUGUCAUCGCACAUAUUCUUAGCUCAGACAUUAGCAUUAUUUCUUCUUCUUCAAUGUAACAAUAGAAAUGGAAUUUCAUACAUAAGUAGCGGAUUAGUGCUUGAUUUUGCAGUUUCUCAAGUCAUUGCAAAUUGUUUAAGUUACUUCCUCAUGUAUGGAAACAUAAAGUUCCUUAUUUCUGGUAAUAAUAGUGCAAAUAUUGCUUUAAUCAUUUACAUCGUACGAAUGAAGAUCGUCAGGCUUCCAACUGAAGAAGAGAAUCCGAAUUUUCGAUCACCGUAUAAAAAAUUCUUUUACGUCCUUUUCUUUUAUCUCUCAACAUCAUGGUUUAUUCAAGACUUAAUGGAUCGAUUUGUUCCAUACAUUCAAGACAAUACAACAAGUUAUCAUAUCGAUUUGAUAUUCGCCAUGCUACAUCUCAAACUGCCUAAUUUUUAUACAUUAUUAACAUAUUAUAGAGACAACACAAAUGACCUCAUAAAUGUUUCUACACUACGAGUCUAUUGCCUCGUUUUCCUCUUCAAAAAUCUAUCCAUUUAUAUAUCGAUCAAAUUUUAUCAGAUGCUUCACGCAAGACGACAAAAAAUUGAUGAAGACGUGCUCGAAAUGCAAGAACGAGCCAAAAAUUACGUAAUUGAAGAUUUUUUGGAAACAAAUCGCGUGACUAUGAAAGAUCUUCAAGAUCCCAAGACUGAGAAGAAAAUUCAGGAGAAUUUAAAGCUAUUAGAAUCAUGCAAUUAUGAUUAUCAAUUAUAUAAAUUGGAAAAGGCAACAAAGAAAAUUGACAUAAAGACGGAAAAGGCAAACUUCCUGAAUGACAUUAAAAAGUUAAAAACUCAAAUUCAUCGAACUGAAAAGUCGAAAAAUGAAAAAAGACAAAAAGCUAUUGAUUCGUGCAGUUCAAAUGAAGAAAGUGAACAUGAAACAUUGGAACCUGAACAAGAGAAAAACGAGGAAGAAGAAGUAGAAAAUGUUGAGAAUGAAAAAACAGAACCGACAGACACAAAAAGUAAAAAGUCAAACAGUAAACCUGACGAUUCAGCACAGAAAAGUGAUUCACCAUAUCAUGUGCAGCCGUACUAUGCUUUUAUAUUAAUUCAGACAGUCCUCGUUGGAUGUAUAGGCCUAAAAUACAUAUUGACACCAUUCUUGUGUCUAAUUUCAUGCACACUUCCAUCACGUUCGUGGUUUAAAAAGACAUCAACGACAGCAUAUUGGAUAUUUUAUUUGUUCCUUGUUGCAUGCACUUUUAAUUAUCCUGGACUAAAGUCUUUGAGAUACCAAUAUGAUUUUAAGAAUGAGUUUCGAAAUCCAGAAUUGGAAAAUUUAAUAGGAUGGAUUGAAAAGACUGAACCAAAUGCAGUUUUUGCAGCUCCAUUGGAAUUGUCAGCUCACAUUUUACUAUCGACAAAUCGUCCGAUUGUAAAUCAUCCUCUCAUCGAAUAUCCAGAGAUGAUUGAGAGAACAAAGAGUCUCUACUCAAUAUUUAGUAAGCGUCAAUCUACAGACGUUUAUAAUCAGCUAGUAAAAUUAAGAGUUCAAUAUGUUGUGAUUCCGUACGAAAGUUGUUUUAUAGCAUCGAAGGAUGGUGUAAGAUUAAUAGACAUAUUUGAUUAUAUAGAACCUGAAAAUUACGAUAAGAAGGCUUUUUGUGUAAGCUUAUUCCAAAAAUCGAAUCCAUCAUUCAUGAAAGUAUUCGAAAAUGUUAAGUAUAUUGUGAUUCAAAUUUUCUCGCAAUCCAUACAACUUGAAUUGAAGAAAAAAGGCUUCCCAGAAGUUAAUAUGUGA